AUGUCGUACGCCAUUCGUAUUCCUCGGUUUUCCCCCUUCUCGUCCCUCUUUCCCAUGGGUCUUCUUCACGAAUCCCACUUCACAGUCGUUGCUGACCCUGUCACCCGGGCAGUGGUCGACAAGUACAGAUACAUUACGGGAGAGGAGGGGCCGUGGGGGCCUGCCAUGAUCAACUUGGACCGUUUGCGCCGGGCCGUUCACACCACACUCUUCCAUUGUUGGAAAUCCAACCACUUCGCUCCCACCACCUUCAAGACGUGCCCCGCCUUGGGCCAUGCUGAGGUAUGCUCCCUCAUCUGCAUCAGCAGCGCAAUCAGCUUUUGUCCCAGGCGGAAGAUACCAUUAUCGGCCCCCAUCUGUCACGACCCUGCUGCAAGACCACCUAGCUUCGAGGAGAUGAUACUUAUCCAUUGGCUGGAGCCCUUUUUGGUCGCUAACCUCGUCUCUCAUUCGUUUUCGAAGCAGCGGGAUCCCCGCGAAGAUCUUCUGAGCCCUGGUUCGCGCUAA